CUGGCAUGUUAUAUUUACGAUUCUUUCUUUCCAGACAAGAUGUGGUAUUUACUAGGUGCUUUAUUGUUAACCGUUGUUAACGGUCAAAAUAUAUUGCCGAUUGAACCGCCUAUCCCAAACAUUCAGGAGCCAAAUCUAGAAACUCCUACUUUCGACUCGUACCUUGUCGGCGUCCCCAGCUGUAUUAAGCCUGGCCUUUCUGCAGAUGUGUACGUGUCUGUGUUAAAAGGCUACAGUCCCGCCAAUGUUAUUGUUGAGCUGUUAUCCGACACAGAAAGGACACUUGCAACCAAUCGAUCAAUUGUCUAUGUCGGAAUUCCCAAGAUACUAUCAAUUCAGGUUCCCUCUGACAUCGCUCAGCCACAUUUUCGCUAUUUGUUUAUGCGCGUCACGGGAACAGGCAGAGGUGUGAACUUUCGGAACGAAACCCAGGUCAGAGUGAACCGUCGAAAUGUGACGGGUUUUGUGCAGACAGACAAGGCCAUAUACAAACCCGGGGAUACAGUGAACUACAGAAUAUUUUCACUGUUUCCUGAUCUGAAAGUUCACAAAGCUAACUACGACAUUGAAAUCAAAGACCCCAAGGGAAAUAAGAUUCUGAAUGUGAAGAACGUGUAUGACCCCAGCGGACUGGUGCGAGACAGUUUAAAACUGUCUGACGAACCUGUGUUAGGUUACUGGCAAAUACGCGUCGUUGAAACUGGUGCCGGGUCUAUCACAUUUCACAAAUCAUUUGAGGUGAAAGAAACAGUUUUGCCAAGGUUCGAGGUGACAGUCAUUCCGCCAUCAUUUGUUUCUCAAGAACAUGAAACCGUUGACGUAACGAUCACUGGCCUCUACACGUUCGGUGAUGACGUCAGAGGUACGUUGUCUGUCAGCGUCAAGGGAUUUCCUUGGUGGAAGUCCAACAAAGAAGAUCUCCAGCCUAUCCUUCAUCAAACAGUUCCCGACUUUGUUGGAAGAUCCACCUUGACAUUUAGCGUAGACGAUCUUCGCAACUUGACGAGUAACCAGCGCCUUUAUAGCUUUGAGGUGGAAGCCACGCUACAGGAGACUCUCACGGGAAUAACCGCCACCGAUUCUAAGCAUGUCACAGUAUAUCAGACUUCCACGAAAGCCGAGUAUGCUCCAGGCAAUUCCAGGACGUUCAAACCGGGGCUUGAUUAUAGCGUGAUCUUGAAGGUCAGCCAGCAAGAUGGAACAGCGUUUAAUGGACCUCUGGGUAAUCUGAAAGUACUGGCCGAGUUUACUCACCAAGUCACUCACACCGCCGAGGCGACAGUUUCCCUCACGCAGACAAACCCACCCAACAGUUCCCUGGCAGAGGUGUCCUUUGUGAGGAAACCCAAAGCUUCCCAGGAAGAUAUUACCCGGAUCUUUGUGACGCUGUCUGAUCUUGGGGGAGGUCUUUUGAAGAUUAAUAUACCCACUGUACCCGAAUACGCAGAAAGGCUAAGCAUUAUUACAACAUACCAGAAACGGGCUUACUACUGGUAUGCAAAUCGAGCUUACUCUCCAAGCAACAGUUUCCUGCAGAUGGCGGUAUCCAACACCCAACCGAAGGCAGGAGAUACCCAGAGUAUACAAUUCCGGUCUACUGUUGAAACAGAUUCAUUUAGCAUUCUGGUAUCCUCCCGGGGACGAGUUGUAAGAGUGUAUGAAGAAAGAAGACGGGUCAGCUCCAAAAGAUUCACGUUCUCUUUUGACGUUACGUCAGCAAUGGCGCCACGAGCGAAGGUUGUAGCGUUUUUCAGGACACAGAGCGGAGAAAUCGUGGCUGAUGCUUUAGAGUUUUUUGUCCAAGAUCCCUUUGAAACAAAGGUGGCUGUAGGAUUCAGCGACGAGGAAGUGAAGCCUGGAGAUAACGUCACAAUGACGGUGCUGACAGCUCCCAACUCAUUGGUUGCCACGCUGGUCGUGGACAAAAAGGUUCUCCUGCUCAAGUCCGGAAAUGACAUCACUGAAAGCCAGGUUACACGUUCCAUAUCUGGAUUAGACUGUGGAUACCUUAGCAGCGUGAUGGAUGCUGUGCAGGCGUUUAAGGCAUCCGGCUUUAUUGUACUUACUGACAGUGUACUAGCGUACAGCCCAAUACAGCCGUCAAGACGUCGGGGAUCACGUAAUAAAGCAACUGCAGGAUCUGCUUUGCCUCUCCCGGCCCUGGCACCUCAAGAAGACUUCGCCGCUGGGGGUUCUGGAGGUUCCCAAGUUGAAGAACUAAGAACCCUCUUCCCAGAGACAUGGAUGUUUGAUGUGGAAGUCGCAAAUUCCCGUGGAGAAGUGAAUAUCCAGACGACAGCCCCGGACAGCAUCACCUCCUGGCAGGCCACAGCCUUCGCCAUCAAUGACCAGUCAGGAUUCGGACUUUCUACGGAGCCAGCCAAGCUGACAGUGGUCAAACCGUUCUUUGCUAACAUAUACCUGCCAUACUCCGUAAUCCGAGGAGAAGAGCUCUUCCUUCAAGUCAACGUUUUCAACAACCUCAAAAUAAAUCUGACGGUUGAUGUUGAACUGCAAGAAUCUGAUGGCUUCCAAACUCUUGACAUCAAUGACGCUGGAGAGGAAGUUCUACUUCCUGGAUCCCGCAGCCGGACUUUAACAGUACCCAGUGGUAUUCCCAAAUCUGUUGUGUUUCCUAUCAAAGCUGUUAAGCUGGGGAAUAUUCCCAUUACUGUGACAGCCCGGUCAGGAGCCGCCUUUGAUGGUCUCACUAAGACUCUGCUCGUGGAGCCAGAGGGCGUGGCGGACGAAUACAACUUUAUCCAGCUGGUUAACCUAACCAGCUCAAGCCACCAUCAAGCGACCAGCCCAGUUUCGUAUCCACCAGGAGUGGUGCAGGGUUCAGAGAAACUUAAAGUGAAACUUGUGGGUGACGUACUGGGGGGCACGGUGUCGAACCUGGCAGGUCUAGUGCGCAUGUCUUAUGGAUGCGGAGAGCAGAAUAUGGUGAACUUUGCCCCCACCGUGUUUGUGUCUACAUACCUGCAGUCCGUGGGUCAGUUGACAGGAGAACGGAGGAGACAAGCGAUUGACUUCAUCUCUCAAGGAUACCAACGCCAAAUGAACUACAGGAGGAACGACGGGUCUUACAGCGCAUUCGGAAAUCGCGACAAAGAAGGCAAUCUUUGGUUAACAGCCUUUGUUGCCAAAUCCUUUGUAACGGCGGCCAGUAACGACUUUCUGAACCUGGACCCAGUGGCUCUGAGAGCAUCCUAUGCGUAUAUAGCUGCACAGCAGAACGUCGACGGAUCCUUCCGGUCAAAGGGAAAACUCCACAACAAACGACUGCAGGGACAAUCUGGAGGUGGUGACGCGUUGACAGCGUACGUACUCACUGCCUUGUUGGAAAACCCAUCAACGGAUACAGACUUCAGCCGUACUAUCGCCAAGGCUCAACGGUUUGUGGAGAACUACGUCAAUACCAGUGCGGACCUGUAUGACUUGGCUAUCGGAGCGUACGCUUUGGCCCUGUCUGGCAGCCGGCGGGUGGACAGCGUGCUGGAAACUCUUGAGGCCAGGGCCACAAAUAGAGACGGCUACACGUAUUGGGAGGUGGAGGCUGAUCCCGUGUACAGAUGGGAACCGCCGAGACACCAGUCAAAGGCAGCCAGCAUUGAAGCUACCAGUUACGUGUGUCUUGUGUAUGCCCUGAAGAAAGACAUCAGCAAGAGCUCCCAGUGUCUGGCUUGGCUCGUCAGUCAGCAGAAUGAUUAUGGGGGAUUUGUCUCCACUCAGGAUACAGUGGUUGCUGUCCAGGCUCUCAGUGCUAUGGGACCUUUCUUCUACACGAAAACCCAGAAGGGUUAUAUUACUGUUGAGGCCGCCGGGACUUCUGCAUCCUUCACUGUGAACGACGCCAACAGGCUGGAGUUACAACAGGCUACGCUACCGGUUAACGCCAGCAGUGUUACCGUGCGGGCAUCUGGGAUGGGCGUGUUCUUGGUCUCCAUUUCAGUUAGGUACCACAUCCAGACCCCAGUACUGGAGCCCUCGUUCACGCUCACCACGACCCUUAUCAGAGACACACCCACGGUCAUUGAGCUAAGCGUUUGUGCCAAAUAUCUUCGUGGUGAGGCCAGCAGUAUGGCGAACAUUGAAAUCCGGUUGCCGUCAGAUUUUAGCCUGACUCAGGAGGGGAAAGAUCAACUGCUGUCUGUGGCCAAGAGGGUGGAUGUGCUGGACGGCAAAGUCUUGAUGUAUCUGGAUGAGAUAACAAGCAGAGGCGUUUGUACAAGCUUUACGGCAACCGGAAGUGGGAACGUUAACAAACCCAAGCCCAAUCCUGUCAGGGUGUUCGACUAUUACAACCCAGAUGAUUCUGCCCUAGCGUUUUACACCCUAACAUCUCUCAAUGGAGAUUUCUGUGAUUCUACCGUUUGUGCUAACGACUCUGCAGGCUGCUCGGCCAACUGCCCGAAACGCAAGAGAAAGUAAGGAGCAUGCAGCGCAAGAGAGGCUAUUAUAAGACUUCCAUUUUGUUGUCAUUUUACUAUUUUCUUUUAAAUUUGGAUACAAAUUUGUUCUACACUACAUUUAUAGUGUUUUCAGAUCAUUGAUAAAUUAUAAUUAUACUUUUGAAAUUUGGCUAUUUAUAAAUAAAUGAGUUUGAGGGAUAUUAA